AUGGCUACCACUUAUCCCACAAAAGAGGACUUGGUAAAGUUCUACGUUGGCAAAGACUUGGCCGAUACAGCAAGACCAUGCGCUGUGCUAGAUGUAGCCAUCAUUCGCAGACACUGUGAGCGAAUGAAGAACACAGUGAAGGAGCUAGGCGUUGCAUUCCGAGCCCAUGUCAAAACGCACAAGACAAUCGAACUCUCCGAAAUGCAAGUGGAUAAGACACAGCCUUCUGCGAAGUUCAUUGUAUCAACACUCCUCGAGCUUGAAACGUUGUUUCCCCUCCUUCAGGAAUUGAAGAAAUCUCAGCAGAUCAACGUACUUUACGGGAUCCCGCUGGUCCCAUCAAGUGUCAGCCGUCUCGCAGAGCUAGCCUCACAGCUAGGCGAAGGCAGUAUCUCCGUGAUGAUUGACCACCCAGACCAAAUUUCCUUCCUGAAAAAGUUCUUUGAGGUCACAGGCUUCCCCGUUUGUGUCUUCGUAAAGGUCGAUACGGGUUAUCAUCGUGCUGGCAUCCCUCCCUCUUGGCUCAACAGGAACGGGUUAUUGGAGAAACUCGCCGAUGCAGAGAAGGUGGGGUACGUCUUUCUUUUGGGCCUUUACUCGCACAGCAGCUUGAGUUAUGGCGCGAAAACAGCGGCAGAGGCCAUGGGGUACUUGAGUACUGAAAUCCGGGGAUGUAAGGAUGCGUUGGACCAGUGGAGAGAUCUCCUUCCUCAGGGUAGAGAAUUGGUGAUUAGUGUCGGGGCUACGCCCCAAGUUGUCUCUUCACACAACCUUGUUCCUGGAGCUGGGGCUUUAUCUUCUUCCUCUGCUGAGGCGGAGGAGUUGAAGGCUUUGCUGCACCCGUCGGAUGCGAAUGUGACAAUUGAGCUGCAUGCUGGAGUAUAUCCUCUAUUGGACCUUCAACAGAUAACUACGCAUGCACGAGACGGGGCGGGGAAACUUGAAGACGAGAUUGCACUUUCGAUUGUUGCGGAGGUGUGUAGUGUUUAUAAUGAUGGAGAGAGAGAGAAGCCCGAGGCGCUUCUUGCGGCUGGCACUUUAGCAUUGGCCAGGGAGCCUUGUGCUAGUUACUCUGGAUGGGGCGUGCUGUCCUCUUGGGGACUUGAUCAGGAGGUCGAGGGUUCGAGACUGAUUAUUGAUCGGAUCAGUCAGGAGCAUGGAGUUGUUGGUUGGGAGUCCGGGAGUCAGAAAAGUGUACCUUUGAAGGUAGGGGAUAUCGUCAAGAUAUUUACCAACCAUGCGUGUGUCGCUGGUGCUUUUUACGGGUUCUACUUUGUUGUGGAUUCUGAUCGUGAUCCAGGGGCUUCUAAAAUUGUUGACGUUUGGCUUAGGGGUCGCGGCUCGGCUGUUACUGAUCCGCUACUAGCAACAAGAUACCAGUAG